AUGGCCUGGCCCCCCCCCUUCACAUCUGUGCCCCCCCCAGAGCGGGUGCCGAUGGGCCGGGUGUUGAGCACGCGGGCGAUGAAGGAGAUGUACCGGAGCUACGUGGAGAUGCUGGUCAGCACAGCCCUCGACCCCGACAUGAUCCAAGCCCUGGAGGACACCAACGACGAGCUGUACCUGCCCCCCAUGCGCAAAAUCGAUGGGAUCCUGAACGACCACAAGAAGAAAGUCCUGAAGCGGGUGUCGCUGCACCCGGCGCUGCAGGAGGCGCUGCACACCUUCCCCCAGCUGCAGGCGGAGCCGGGCGAGGCGCUGGUGAGGCUGCGCCCCGCGGGGGAGCCCUACAACCGCAAGACCCUCAACAAGCUGAAGAAGAGCGUGUCCAAACCCCAGGAGUUCAAGGUCGACGUGGAAAAGUCGUUUUUCUUCACCCUGUACCAUUCCCUCCAUCACUACAAAUACCACACCUUCCUGCGCUGCAAGGACGAGGU